CCCGCACCCGGCCGGCCGCGGCGGGUGUAAAGGUCGAAGUGCCGGUGUGUCGGAGCGUCCGUGUGUCCGUGCGGCGGUCGGUCCGGCCGCCCGCCGCCCCCAUGCCCCGAGCCUAGCGCCGCCCGCCCCGGCCAUGUCCGCCACGCAGCUCUACACCAAGUACACUAGGGUUUGGAUUCCUGACCCUGAUGAAGUUUGGAGAUCGGCUGAAAUUAUCAAGGAUUACAAAGAGGGAGAUAAAAGCCUCCAGCUGAAACUUGAAGAUGAAACUCUCUAUGAGUAUCCCAUCGACCUGCCAGGGAGUGAGCUGCCCUUCCUACGCAAUCCAGACAUCCUGGUGGGGCAGAAUGACCUGACAGCCCUCAGCUACCUGCACGAGCCCGCCGUCCUGCACAACCUCAAAGUCAGGUUCCUCGAGUCCAACCACAUCUACACCUACUGUGGUAUCGUGCUGGUGGCCAUCAACCCCUAUGAGCAGCUGCCAAUCUACGAGCAGGAUGUCAUCUACGCCUACAGCGGCCAGAACAUGGGGGACAUGGACCCCCACAUCUUCGCCGUGGCCGAGGAAGCCUACAAGCAGAUGGCCAGGGAUGAAAAGAACCAGUCCAUCAUUGUGAGUGGGGAGUCGGGGGCAGGCAAGACGGUCUCUGCCAAAUACGCCAUGCGCUUCUUCGCAACCGUCGGGGGCUCCGCCAGCGAGACCAACAUCGAAGCCAAAGUCCUGGCCUCCAGCCCCAUCGUGGAGGCCAUUGGAAAUGCUAAAACAACAAGGAAUGACAACAGCAGCCGCUUUGGAAAAUACAUUCAGAUUGGCUUUGAUAAAAGAUACCACAUCAUUGGUGCCAACAUGAGGACAUAUCUGCUGGAAAAAUCUCGGGUUGUAUUUCAGGCAGAGGACGAGCGCAACUACCACAUCUUCUACCAGCUCUGUGCCUCCUCAAGCCUCCCAGAAUUCAAAGACCUCGGACUCACGUGUGCCGAAGACUUUUUCUACACUUCUCAGGGAGGUGACACGUCCAUCGAUGGUGUGGAUGAUGCAGAUGACUUUGAGAAAACCAGACAUGCCUUCACCCUGCUUGGAGUGAAGGAGUCUCACCAGACGACCAUUUUUAGGAUAAUUGCUGCCAUCCUGCAUCUGGGGAACUUGAAGAUCCAAGGGGAACGAGAUGGGGAGGUCUGCAGUGUAUCGAGCGAGGACGAGCACCUGAGCAGCUUCUGCAGCCUGCUGGGCGUGGAGCACAGCCAGAUGCAGCACUGGCUGUGCCACUGCAAGCUCGUCACCACGGCCGAGACCUACGUGAAGAGCAUGUCCCUGCACCAGGUGGUGAACGCCAGGAACGCCCUGGCCAAGCACAUCUACGCCCAGCUCUUCAACUGGAUUGUGCAGCACAUCAACAAGGCCCUGCACACCACUGUGAAGCAGCACUCCUUCAUCGGCGUGCUCGACAUCUAUGGGUUUGAAACUUUUGAAGUGAAUAGCUUUGAACAGUUCUGUAUCAACUAUGCCAACGAAAAGCUCCAGCAGCAGUUCAACUCGCACGUGUUUAAGCUGGAACAAGAAGAGUACAUGAAGGAGGGAAUCCCCUGGACUCUCAUAGACUUCUACGACAACCAGCCCUGCAUCGACCUGAUAGAGGCCAAGCUGGGGAUCCUGGACCUGCUGGAUGAAGAGUGCAAGGUGCCCAAGGGCACGGACCAGAACUGGGCGCAGAAGCUGUACGACCGCCACGCCGCCAGCCUGCACUUCCAGAAGCCGCGCAUGUCCAACACCUCCUUCAUCGUCCUGCACUUCGCCGACAAGGUGGAGUACCAGAGUGAGGGGUUUCUGGAGAAGAACAGGGACACUGUGUACGAGGAGCAGAUCAACAUCCUGAAAGCCAGCAAGUAUCAGAUGGUAGCAGACUUAUUCCAGGAGGAGACGGACGCCGUGCCCGCCUCUGCCGUGCAAAAGAGAACGCCCCGGAUCAACGUGCGCUCUGCCAAGCCAGCCUUCAAAGCUGCCAACAAGGAGCACAGGAAAACAGUGGGACACCAGUUCCGCAACUCCCUGCAGCUGCUGAUGGAGACCCUGAACGCCACCACCCCGCACUACGUGCGCUGCAUCAAGCCCAACGACGAGAAGCUCCCCUUCAAGUUUGAUCCGAAGAGAACCGUGCAGCAGCUGAGAGCCUGCGGAGUGCUGGAGACCAUCCGGAUCAGUGCAGCUGGCUUCCCAUCCAGGUGGUCCUACCCUGACUUUUUCAAUAGGUACCGUGUGCUUAUGAACAAGAGAGACCUCUCUAAGAACGACAAGAAGCAGAUCUGUCAGACCCUCUUGGAAAACCUCAUUAAGGAUCCAGACAAGUUCCAGUUUGGCCGUACCAAGAUCUUUUUCCGUGCAGGCCAGGUGGCAUAUCUGGAGAAACUGCGGGCAGAUAAGUUCAGGGCUGCCACCAUCAUGAUCCAGAAGACGGUGCGGGGCUGGCUGCAGAGGGCCAGGUACCAGCGGCUGAGACGAGCCACCCUCACCCUGCAGCGCUACGCCCGCGGGCACCUGGCACGCAGGCUUUUCCAGCACCUGAGGAGGACGAGAGCUGCCAUCAUCCUGCAGAAGCAGUACCGAAUGCUGCGGAUGCGCCGGGCCUUCCUGAGGGUCCGCAGUGCCACCCUCACCAUCCAGGCUUUUGCUCGGGGCAUGUUUGUCAGGAGGAUUUACCACCAGAUGCUGCUGGAGCACAAGGCCACCAUCCUGCAGAAGUACGCGCGGGGCUGGCUGGCCCGCGCGCGGUUCCGCCGGGCCCAGGCCGCCGCCGUGGUGCUGCAGUGCCACUGGCGCCGCCUCAGGGCCCGGCGCCAGCUCCAGGCCCUCCGCAUCGAGGCCCGCUCGGCACAGCACCUCAAGAAGCUCAACAUCGGCAUGGAGAACAAGGUGGUGCAGCUGCAGAGGAAGGUGGACGAGCAGAACAAGGAGAACAAGCUUCUGAAUGAGCAGCUGUCCAUGCUGACAUCAGCCCACUCCUCCGAGGUGGAGAAGCUGAAGAAGGAGCUGCAGCAGUACCAGCAGACCCAGCAGGGUGAUGGCAAGCAGCUCCUCAGCCUGCAGGAGGAGACUGAGCGGCUGCGGAUGGAGCUGGAGAGGGCUCACGGGGAGAGGGAGGUCCUGGAGGACAGCCACGGCAAGGAGAGGGACCUGCUGAGGAAGCGUAUCUGCGACCUGGAAGAAGAAAAUGCUCUCCUGAAGCAGGAAAAAGAGGAGCUGAACAGCAGGAUCCUCUGUCAGUCUGAAGGUGAAUUUGCACGAAACACAGUUGAGGAAAAUAUGCAGAUGAAGAAAGAGCUGGAAGAAGAGAGAUCUCGUUAUCAGAACCUGGUAAAAGAGUAUGCAAGUCUGGAGCAGAGAUAUGACAACUUGAGGAAUGAAAUGACUAUUUUUAAGCAAACACCGGGCCACAGGAGAAACCCAUCCAACCAGAGCAGCUUGGAGUCUGAUUCCAAUAACCCAUCCAUCUGCACCUCUGAGAUUGGAGACACUGAGGAUGUGAUACAGCAGGUGGAGGAGAUUGGGAUGGAGAAAGCAGCCAUGGACAUGACCCUCUUCCUAAAGCUACAGAAGCGAGUGAGGGAGCUUGAGCUGGAGAGGAAGAAGCUGCAAGCCCAGCUGGAGAAAAAGGAGCAAGAGAGCAAGAAAUCCCAGGUAAUUGAAAUAAAGACUGAAGUGGCUUCAGAACAUGAAGAUUUUGCAUACAACACCUUGAAGAGGCAAGAGCUGGAGUCGGAGAACAAGAAGCUGAAAAAUGAGCUCAAUGAGCUGAGGAAGGCCAUUGCAGACCAUGCCACCCAGAACAACUCCUCCAACGACGUGCAGGACGGCUACAACCUCCUUCUGAACCAGCUGAAGUCGGCCAACGAGGAGCUGGAGGUGCGCAAGGAGGAGGUGCUCAUCCUCAGGUCGCAGAUCAUGAAGGCUGCCCAGCAGAAAGAGAGUGGGAAAAACAUGGUAAAGGAGAGGGAGAGCAUCUCCCCCAAUGCCAGCUGGCCCAACAGUGACCGGCACGUUGACCAGGAGGACGCGAUCGAAGCCUACCAGGGCAUGUGCGAGACCAACCGGUUGCUGGAAGCACAGCUCCAGGACCAGAGAAGGGAGCAUGAGGAGGAGAUGGAAGCUCUGAGAAACCAGAUGGAUUUAAUGCAAGAGGAGCUGGAGAAGCAGCAGCAGGCAUUCCUGCAGACUCUACAGCUCUCUCCAGAGAUCCAGGUGGAAUUUGGACUUCAGCAAGAAAUUACACGUCUGACCAAUGAAAACCUGGAUCUUAAAGAAUUGCUGGAAAAGUUGGAAAAGAAUGAAAAGAAGCUGAAGAAGCAGCUGAAGAUUUACAUGAAGAAGGUCCAAGAUUUUGAAGCAUCCCAGACAGUGGUGCCAGUGGAGAGGAGGCCGCAUGAGCGGAGCAUGCAGGUUGCUGUCCAGAGGAAGGAGAAGGAUUUUCAGGGCAUGCUGGAAUAUUACAAAGAAGAUGAGCCACUCCUCAUCCGAAACCUCAUUACAGAUCUCAAGCCUCAGGCAGUGUCUGCUACUGUUCCCUGCCUUCCUGCUUACAUCCUGUACAUGUGCAUCAGACACGCAGAUUACAUCAACGAUGACCAGAAGGUGCACUCCUUGCUCACCUCCACCAUCAACGGCGUUAAGAAAGUGCUGAAGAAGCACCAGGAUGACUUUGAGAUGACAUCGUUCUGGCUGGCGAACACCUGCCGGCUGCUGCACUGCCUGAAGCAGUACAGCGGGGAAGAGGGUUUCAUGACCCAAAACACAGCGAAGCAGAAUGAGCACUGCCUGAAGAACUUCGACCUGACCGAGUACCGGCAGGUCCUGGGCCACCUCUCCAUCCAGAUCUACCAGCAGCUCAUCAACAUUGCAGAGGGCAUCCUGCAGCCCAUGAUCGUGUCUGCUGUGCUGGAAAAUGAGAGUAUCCAAGGGCUUUCCAGUGUCAAACCGGUGGGCUACAGGAAAUAUUGCUCCAAGGAGGGUGACAGCUCCUACAGCUUGGAUGAAAUGAUUCGCCAGCUGAACACAUUCCACAGCAUCAUGUGUGACCAGGGCCUGGACCCAGAGAUCAUCCAGCAGGUGUUCAAGCAGCUCUUCUACAUGAUCAACGCCAUCACCCUGAACAACCUCUUGCUGAGGAAGGAUGUCUGCUCAUGGAGCACGGGCAUGCAGCUGAGGUUUAACAUCAGCCAGCUGGAGGAAUGGCUGCGUGGGAAGAAUCUGCAGCAGAGUGGAGCAGCACAAACUUUGGAGCCCUUGAUUCAGGCAGCACAGCUCCUGCAGCUGAAGAAGAAAACCUCAGAGGAUGCGGAGGCCAUCUGCUCCUUGUGCACAUCACUCUCAACUCAGCAGAUUGUAAAGAUACUUAAUCUCUACACUCCUGUGAAUGAGUUUGAAGAACGUGUGACAGUAGCUUUCAUACGAAACAUACAGAAGCAGUUGCAAGAACGGAAUGACCCUCCACAGCUGCUGUUAGACUUCAAGCACAUGUUCCCAGUUCUGUUCCCAUUCAACCCAUCUGCCAUCACCAUGGACUCCAUUCAUCUCCCUGCUUCUCUCAACUUGGAUUUUCUCAAUAAAGUCUGAAGAAAGUAGAAUUAAACUCAUCUCUCACACCCAGAGACUUCCAGCAACAAAAGAAAAAAAAUAAUAAAAAGAAUUCAAGAGCUCUUUAAAUAUGGACCAAACAGGCUUAUGGAAGAACCAGUACACAGUAACAAAUGGAUGCUAAAAUGUACACUAAAAAAGACACUGGUCUGUAUGUGAUUUUUUUUUUGGUAAUUUGCAUCUCAGAAAUAAGGAUACUUGAAAAAUAGAUUUAUUUUUUACUGCUUGCUUUUAUGUUGACAUAGUUCAAAGCCCUUAAUCAUCUCCAAAAGCCAGGAAGUGGGAGACAGCUUAUUUUGAUUUUCAUAGGUGUCUAUGACAAGAACAAAAUUUGAGACACUUCUGCUGCCUUGAAGGAUGUGUCAUUUGUCUAGUAGCAGGUGGUCUUGUGUGAAUGAAUAGCAGAACAUGCAGUUCUGCCUUCAGUUCUUGCUAGCAACUGCAUUCAUGAUAGUGAAUUGAAAAAGUAAAUUGCAGAAAGUGUGUAUUUAUCACACCAUAAAGGUAAAGGGCUGGGAUACUGCUUGUUUCCACUGAUGUGGAAUUUGUCACAAAUAGUAUGUUUGAGAAAUGCCGUUGCUCCUCCUAAAUACAUUCAGUGCAUCUGCUUCAUGGAAAUUGAGAUAAAUUGGCAGGAAUUUGUUCCAUUGGACUUUCUUGCAUUACCAAACUUAUGUUAGCAAAGGUUUUGUCCUAGUGAAAUAAUCAUGAUGCAAAGGACUGCCUUAAGCCUUCUGCUUCUAGUAUAACAUCAUGCUGAUCCCUACUGUUGGCUUUCCUUGUGCUUUUGAGUGUCAAACACUUUCCUCCAGUGGCUGUCAAGGUUCUUGUACCUGUUAUAUGGCCAGUGUCAGAAUCCCAUGCACAGAUCAUGUUAAGGAACCCACUUAAAUCCUCCAGCCCUACCUGUGUUCAGUGGGUUAAUCCUAGCUGUAGCUGUCCAUGGAAAAACUCCAUUCAGUUCAGUAGCCAUCCAAAGUGUUAAGAAUCAUGCAAAUACACAGCUUGCAUAAAUGAAGAAUAUUUUAAAAAUUAAAAAAAUUUCUAAAAGAGAUGAAAUGUUCUAAUACACACACACACACACACACACACACACACAAAAAAGCUGUCAGGUGGUACGUUAGAAACAUAAGCCAUUUCUUUAAGAGUGAACCCCCCAAACUACAACCACCUUAAAUGAAUAAUUGCUUUCAAUUCAGAUUCUGUUAUGUUUUUUUAAAAUCAGACUUAUAAACUAAGCCAAACCAACCUUCUGACCUCACGACACAGAUGCUGAAGGAGACCAGCCAUUGGUUUUUCUGUGGUCCUUGGCAGCACUCGCUGAGCUGUCAGUGACUGCUGGGCAGGGGAGGAGGUGGGUUCCCCAGGGUCAAGGCUGCUCCAUGACUACUCAUCGUGGGAGUGCUCCUGCCACAGCACAACGUGCCAAACUGCAGUCAGGAUGUGUGGCUGCCAGCAUUCUGCCCUCUCCACUUCCACAAUGGUCUUGUUUAAGUCAAUCUUAACUCACCUGCUUUUGCAGCUCCUUCUGUUGUCCGCAGCUCCAUCAUGACUAAAAGCUUUCUAAGAAAAAUCCACUCUCUCCACCUGACUCUUUUCAGCUGGUGUAAAUCCAAACAGCAAAUUAUGACCAGAUAGGCUGUCUGCUCAGAGAUUGAAAGCAGAAUGUGAAGUUUCUUAAAGAUACACUAACUCCUGUCUGCUGCAGUUUCCUUUCUAGUCAAGGAGUGUGUUGUGAUUUAGGCAUCAUGUAUAUAAUCAGUGUAUAUACAAACUGCAGUAGUCCUGUAUGUACUAUAUAUGUAUAUGACUAUCCAAAAAAGCACACUUUAAAAGAAACAAUUGAGUGCCGUGCAGAGUUAUAUCAGUCUAUGCCAGUGGGUAAAUACCUUGAUCCAAACUGAGACUAUAGUUCAGAGCAACUGUUACCACUGAAGGACAGAUUUCAGGCUAAAAAGUAAUUUGUUCCCC